UCGCAGUGCGCAAUGUGGCUGGUUGUGGGUCAUGGAUUAUGGUGAUGAUAAUCGUGUUGUUGAUGGUGAUCUUGUGUGUGCAGGACACCUUCAUGCAAUAUCUUGCUGUGAAAGAGCUGAAACGUCAGCGAUGGUUGUACCAUCGAGGAUACAACACAUGGUUCCAUCACCAAGGAGAGCCUAAGGUGGUGACAAAGGAUUAUGAGCAAGGCAGUUACAUGUACUUUGACUAUCAUCUGCAAGAGUCCAGCGCACAGCAAGCAGCGGAGGUCAAAGGCUGGUGUCCUCGGGUCGAGCACGACUUUGUGUUCGAGUACCAGUACAUGGAGGAUGGAAUCGAAUUUGGCAGUGAUCAGGGAGGAGUCCGAAGCACCAUAAGGGUGAAGUCGCAAAGGACUUGUGGAUAAAGGAAAGGAGCUUGUGGACUUUUUAGAAGGGAACUCUGGUGAGAAUGUAGUACGUCUACUAUGUCAUUGAGAAUGUAUUUAAUGAAUUUUAAUUUUUUUC